AUGAUUGCUACCAGGAGAGUGGAAACGAACAGGGCAGUAAACGUGAGGGCUACAUACGCCUGGUUAUGCCUGGUCAGUUACAUCUCUAGCGAGAACUGGUAUGGGUGGGAUUCCGAAGCUGUACAUAUAUGUAAUAGGAAGAGGAGAGAGGAAGGUGAGGUUGGGGUACAAGUACUUAGAGUUGCCCAGUAUCCAUUCUCUGCACUCAGAUCUGUUCCCAAGCCCUUUUCUUUCUUCACUUUCUUGGUUCCCCCACAUACCGACAUCAUCUACAACAAGUGCUCCGGAGCACAGCAGGACUUAAAUGCGUGUCUACUCAACUACUCAACUACAUACAACAACCCCGCCCUUCCAUCCGGUUCCUCCUACUCCUCAGUGUACUCACUGAAAAACUAUUUCACUGGCAAUAUAAACCCUUUAACACUGCGGCCAUCAAGUAUCAUGCCCUCAGCAAAAAACACCGACUACGAGCGCAGAGAACCUCCCUCACCUGCACCAACAGACAUGUCCUUUGGGACAGGAGACGAUCGAGACAAACUAGAGUCACAGAAACCUCAAAACAUGCGUGACAUUGGCAGAGACACACCAGCUGCCCCGGGGCUGUUCAAAAAGUCAUCCAAAUCUGAUUUCGGCAGGAAAAGAUCUAUGAAAGGUGCUGGCUACUAUGGAGAGGUUUUUGCUGUUCGGGAAACAGGACCGGUAGUACCUACAAGUGCUGGAGUCUGGGUUGAGCUCAAGACCAACGUUAUUCUUGAAAACGAAUUUGAAUUUGCUAAAUCCCUAUCUGAAAUGAUUGCAAAACGUUAUGGGAGGACAGAGGAGACUGUCUGCGUGUCGAUCGACCACUCGGCAUGCAUGGUAAUGGGAGGCACAUUUGAUGGUUCCUACAUGCUCACCAUAACUUCUCUGAGCAUGAUCUCACCCACCUGCAACAAACGUAAUGCGGCACUGAUUUCGGAGUGGAUCAACAACAACCUUGGAGUUGUCGGGACUAGGGGAUACAUUAGAUUCGUUGACCCUGAUUUCGCAAACUACGCCACUGGCGGAACCACGAUGCUCGAUCUGAUGGAGAGGGAGGAGUUGACCAGGACUGGAGCUGCCGAGAAGGCAGGCAUAAUUCGCGACAAAAGUGUCAAGAGAUCCAUGUCACGGCACAGAUCAAAAAAGGAGCGAACAAGUUAUGAAAGAUCACUUCCGGACCCGAUGCAGCGAGACGACGAUGCACUUAGCGACUUGCCCUCGACGCGCGAUUCAAACGAACCACGCCCAACAACUGCCGGGGGAAGAAUGAGGAAGCGUAGUAUGUUCAAUCUAUUCAGUAAGAGCAGAGCAGUCUAG